ACCUCUACUAUUUAAGAGAAUGAAUGAGAACAAGUAGUCAUUAAAUUUCCCCAUCAAAUACCCAUGUCAAAUGUCAUACACUCAUCCCUUUUUAGAUAACUAAAAUGAAAGGCUAUCAUUGGCCCAAACAUUAAUCAUGGUCCCCUUACACAACACCCUUUCCCCUGAUGAAACACCAAUGCUCAAAAACCAAACACCAUGAAACAAAACAAGAGAGAACAAAUAGUUGAACAAAAACAACAUGGAAGAAUAAUGGAAUAUGAACUCAUAAAAGCCGUUGCUCAAGCUUGGCAUAGUCACUUCAACAAUGAAAAGGAAGCCACGAGCGAAUUCGAUGCUCGAAGGCGUAACUUUCGUAACAAGCCAACGAGGUUUAAACUCGAGGUUGAGGCAACGAACAAGUUGAAGGUGGAUGAAGAAGCGAGUAAAGGGAUAUGGAACUUUAACCAGUCUCUUUGGGACCCCUUUGAGAUCGUUGCGGUGUCUAAAAGGUUGGAAACCGGGUUAGUAUUGAACUAUGAUUUUGAUGAUUUGCAAAAAUUGAAUGAGCAAUUGAGGGUGUUUAAGAAAAGGAAGGAGAGUAAGAAUAGUCUUAGGAACUUGUUUAAUAUCAUGUCUUCUAGGAGAUUUAGUGAUGAUAGAUAAACCUCAAAUUUCUUGAUUGAAUAUCAAGAAAUUCAACUAGCUAGUUGGCUUUGGAAUUUCUAUUGUAUGCACUCUAAUCAAGUUAAUAAAAAGGCUAAUAGUAGAGAUUUUUGGUUA